GCCGAACCUUUUGGGGCCAUGGCUUCCCCGGCCCAGCCGGAGGUUUCGCCGAGUCUCCAGGUUCCCUCCUUCAGCGAGAAACAAAGGCACUCGACCUCUUCCUCCAGGCUGGUGCGUCCUUCAGACUGCGAACUCAGCAACGGCCUCGGGCAGAAUAAUCACUUCAAAUCUGUGGAUCUUAAUCAUGUUACCAAAUUGCUUGAAGAAACCAAAUCAAAUAUAGAAGAACAAAUCCAAGCAUGUCAGAAGGUUGCAAAACACUAUGAAUAUGGAAUUCCUCUGAAUGAUUUGGCAUACAUCUCUAAAAUUUUAAACUUUUGUGUGGAGAAAAUUCAGCUGGACAAUGUGUUUAUCGAAACUACAUGUGAAAUUCUUAAAUUGUAUGGGUUACCAUUUUACAAACAGAAGUUAUCUGAUGAAGUAAACUACGCUAAAGAAGUUAAAGAAUCAUUUGCACAAUUGGGUUACUUGAUCAGAGUGCCAUGUUCUCAAAUAAGAAUACAAAUAUGUAAGUGCAUUAUUAGCUUUUAUCAUGCUGAUCCACCAGUGAAAGAAUUUGAAGGUUAUCAACCUACAAGUGCAAACUAUAAAAAGCAGAUUGUAGAAUUAGGAGGUUUAGCAGAAACUUUGGUUUUAUCACUAAUACUAGUUGAAAAUCAACUUUCUGAGAAAUUAUGGAUCAUUAAAACUUUGCAGCAUCUUUCCAUUUCUGGAGCAAACUGCAAACGUAUGAUGAAAGCUCAAGCACCAAGAAUAUUAUGUUCUCAUCUGAAUGAUGUUGACCCCUCUGGGCAAUUACUAUUCCGUUCCUCCGAAAUUCUUUGGAAUUUAUUAGAAAAAACCUCUAAGGAAGAAAUUAUUGAUCAGCUCAGUAACUUGGAAUGUGUACAUGCUCUGAAGGAAGCAUUUACGAAUUUACUUAUACACGGUUCCCGCCAUUAUGAUCGUCAGUUAAGAAAUGACAUUUUGGUGAUAGCUACCCUUGUUGCUCAGAACCCAGGAGCUCCAAUGAUCGAAACCGGAUUUGUCAAGCAAUUAAUACUGUUUGCCACUUUUGCUGAAGUGAAAAGUCAUAAUCCUUUGAUAAAGGGCCUUAGGCUUACUUCCUGUUAUGAAGAUUUUGAGCUGAAAAAGCUGCUGCUUAACAUGCUUACUGUACUAGCAAAAGAUUUAUGUUCUGUUCAGCUAUUGCAUGAGGGUAAGGUUAUGUUGGCUUUGUUUCAUUAUUUAAAACCAAAUGAAAAGGGAGGCGCACUUGACAUGUCUGCAGCCCAGUAUGAAGAAUUACAGCUUCUUGCUAUUGCUACAUUAGCAACAGUGGCUCCCUUAUUGAUAGAAGACUAUGUGCUGUGCCAGGGAAAUACUCGCCUUCUCCUGUUUCUAGAAUGGUGUGUGAGCAAUGAUCCCUUCUUUAGUCAAGGUAAUAGUUUCCAUGGUACGGGUGGCCGUGGUACCAAACUUGCGCAGAUGCGCUUCUGCUUGAGAGUCCUGUAUCCUAUUGUAUCUCUUUGUGAUGAUGCUGUGAAUACUGACCUCUGUGAUCAAGGAGCGAUUCAUCAAUUACUGGGCAUCUUAAACAUUACCACAAAUAAUUAUAAAGAUUCUGCCCUUGUGACGGAAAUUCAAAGUGAUAUCUUGCUUACUCUGUCAACUCUUUGUGAAAAUAAUAUUCACAGAAAGGAGCUCUUUGGAUGGGAAGGAGUAGAUACACUUAUUCCAUUUAUGAAGAUGGAUACCAAAAAAUUCUAUAGUGGAUUGGGUCAUAAUCGUCUUCUUUUCUGUGCUCUGGACUGCUUAUGGUGCUGUGUCAUGGGUUGUGCUAUUUUAGAAGACUAUUUUUUUGAAAAAGAAGGUCUCUUCACUCUGAUUGAUUUGCUUUUGUUAAAUCAGAAGAAUGUAUGUAACCUAAUUCUUGGAAUAUUAGUUGAAUUUUGUGACAACCCUAAAACUGUAUCCCAUAUCAAUGUUUGGCGAGGGAAAAAUGACCAAACAGCAGCUAAUUUAUUAAUAAACUUGUGGAGACAAGAAGAAGAAGAGAUGGGAGUGAAACAUGAUAAAGUUGGAAGAAUUGUUGAUACAAAGAAGCCACUAGUUGGCCAGUUCCAAAAAACACAAGAAGUAAUUCCAGUGCCUGCUAACUGCCCCACUAUUGCUGUCAUGGAUGUUGCCGAAAAUAUGAGAGCAAAGAUUUAUUGUCUAAUAUGUAACUUAGGCUUUGAAAACUUGCCUGGGCUCUCUGCAAAGGAUUUUGUUACACUUGCUAUCAUACGUAGAUAUCUAGACUUCAAGGUUGGUGAGAUCUGGGAUGAAGUGUGUGCAGAACUUAAAAAAGAAAAAUUUAGACCAGUCACACCUGACCAGGAAGCACUGCAGCUUAUUACUGAAGCACUUGAAAAUGUUGGAAAGAUGGUAGUCUCCCUCCAGACUGAGAUGCUAGAAGGCCAGCAGUUCCAGGAACUUCAGGAGGAGGAAAAAUGUUAUGGCAAGAUUCAUUCUCUCCAUAAGCAAAAGGAAAUGGUCAGUAAAUCUUGGGAAAAUUUCUUAGCUCGGACAUCAAAUUACGAGGCUUUAAAGAAAGCAAAAAGACUUCGGGAAAAAUCUAUAGAAAAUUCUAGAUCAAAGGUAAAGCAAUAUAAUGCAACGUUCCAUCCAACUGACAUUAAAGGCCUAAAUACAACUGUUGCAUCUGGUCGCUUAGUAGCAGUGGAAAGUACCCCUUCUGAAUUAAUUGGAGGGCCACUAGCUGAUACAGACCUUGCACUGAAAAAGCUUCCUAUUCGCGGAGGAGCCUUAAAAAAAUUCAAAGGAGUUAAAGUAAUAGAUUCAUUCAAGAAAGAUUCAGUAUUUGUAAAAUAAAUGUUGUGCAAUACUGCUAUAGACAGUUCUGUGUAUAUAUUUUAGUUAAUUUAUAUGCCCAUCUUACAGAUCUAUUUGGAUCACGUUGAUAAAAUGUAGUUAUCUUUAGAUAGCAUAUACAUGGUCUAUGGGCACAUAUAUAUGUAUUCAUAUAUAAUUAUUUAUCAGAAAUAAUGUGGACAUCAUGAUUCUAACC